AUGCUGCGCGUGGAUGGCAACAUGGUAUCUAUCACUUUACUCAUACAAAACCCGGGACUAGAGAGGGCGCGCAACAGUGGUUAUGGCCGCUGGUGCACAAACCCCGACCCACACAGGCCGGAUAAUUGUAACUUCUUGCACCGCAAGGAACGACAUUCGGGUGGUUUCAGAGUAAACGAGUGUGCCCUGGACACGCUGUUAACACUAGUGGAGGCGCCUGACCCUUCCCAGGUUGUGCUGGGUAGCGAGGAGCAGAUGAUGGGCUUUAAAGAGCUGCUCCGCACUUCAUCGGUGGUACGCCGUCUGCUCCCCGUUGUGUGCAAAAUCGUGCAUUCAUUUUCCGGCGAAGGAGAUCUUUCUCCGGCCAAAGUUGAGGUGCGCUUGUGCUGCGAUGUGUGGGUCAUCCGGUGCACAGAGAAAAUGGAAGACCUCCGGAAGUGGACAGCAGGCGAACAAGAACAGAUAUUUGAGCUGACAUACGAUCUCUACAAGCGGGAUCCAACGUCUUAUGACGGCCGCCGGGCCCUCAGCGAGGCUUCAGUGCUUCCGUUGGUGCCUGAGGACAGGCGGCGCGAGGCUACUCUACUUUUGCAGGAAUUAGAAGCUCACAUCAAGGAAGCCGAGGCCGACAAGGAGGGAAAGCAGGUGAAGAAGAGAUACACCGUCUGCCAGAUGUACAAGAACGAUAUGAUGCCUAUUUCUGCCAUAACUGUGCUGCCGCACACAGCCGUAGGGCUUCGGGAGGGGUAUGAGCGGCUUGAGGAACUUCCAGGCGUGGUAGUGGACCGCUUCAUUCCCAGAGAACUAGGCGGCCUCCACCUGAGAGCGCUUUUCCAUCUUUCGAGGGCCGAUUGCAUGCACUCGCUAAGCGAGACGGUAGAGCUUCUGCAAGAAAAGGGAGGGAGUUUUCUUUCCUGUCGUGAGGCGAAGAAAUCAGGGAUGAAGAUCGAGGCGUACAGUGUGCUUUUCUCUGGCAUUCAGCCAAGUCCCUACGACGGUGUUCUUUUUAUAUUCCGCCUUCCGCCACGGAGGGUUACGCACAAGGCGAGAUUUCUCAGCGGUGACCUCGUCGUAUUGUGGUCGGGCUCAGGUGAGCCAGCUGCGCGUAAUUUCAUUGUUGGAGUUGUUAAAAGGAUCAAAGAUGACGUGGAGGUGGCGGUAUCCCCCGUGGAUAUCCUAAAGUGCCUGCCUUGUGUGAAGGCGGUUGCAAGCUUCGCAAUGAUUCGUUGCCCGACCUUCUAUCUUCCAACGGCAUCUAGCCUGUGUGCGCUGCAAAUGCAUGAAAAGCGUUUCGCCGAUGGUGUGGAGCCGGCACUCCUUCGGGCCGUGAUUACUGGGGAAGGUGCUACAAAUGCGCCUAUUUAUCUUCAAGACAAUCCUUCGCUUCAGAUUGGACUCUACGUUACACUUGGGCCUGAUGUUGAUGAUAUGCAGCCCGCACUGGGGGAGUGGCGCAGCGAAAACUGGACGGAGGAGCUGGAAAGAAAAACUCAUUUGGAUUCGAAAGGCAAGAAAGCGUUGCUUGACGGUACCCAGUUGGCUGCCCUCAAGCAUAUAUUUCGUAAUCAGGUGGCUGUUGUUCAGGGCACCCCUGGUACCGGAAAGAGCUUCGUGUGUGCGAAGUUUCUUCAACUUCUGUUGGAGAACAAGCAGCGCCUGGGGAUUGGGCCCAUUGUCGUCAUGACGUACACCCAUCAUGCCCUUGAGAGCACUAUUGGGAACCUGAAGUCGCUCCUUGGGGACAACUCUGACACUAUUGGGAUCCUCGGACACGCGAUUGAUGAGGAGCUAAAAGAGUAUGAGGUCCGUCUUCCACGUUCGAGGCGUACGAUGGGAGAGGAAUUUUACACCCUUGUGAGUCAAAUCAGCAGUCUCAAGGAGACUAAUGUUGUUACAGAAACCGUGGAGGACACCAUAAUGGUUGUAUUGCAAAAAUACAGGGAAUCUGCGUUGCUUACAAAGUGGCUGAAACAACAAACACAUCGCCGGCAUACAAUGCAGACACUGAAGUUGGAGUGUGAUUCAAUUCAGAAAGAUAUUUCAGCCAAGCUUCUUCUGAAUAUGCCGAAGAAUGUAAUUUUUCUUGAGAAUCAGCUGAGUGCGCUGCAGCUGGGAAUGUGGUUCGGUGUGGUUGACGUAAUUCCGUACCUUGGAAGUGAGUGCGGUAUUAAUAAAGAGAAUUUCCUUGCUCAAGUUCGGGCUAUUAAGAAAGACGUGACCGAUGCUCAUGGGAAUGUGUGUGUAACGCCUGAAGUUUGUGUGUACCUCCAGGAGGAGCUGGGGUACCUUGCAGACAGCUUUGUCGGGCGGGCGAAGCAAGGACUGUUGAGGAGAUCUCUGCCUCUCUUUGAAGCGGCGAUUGAGCGGCUGCUAGCAGCAUUGAAGAGAAUUCAGGAAGCGGAGAGCAAAACAUUCCUGGAAGAGUGGCGAAACGAGAAAUGCGACUUCUCUCCACUUCCAGAAGUUGGGGAAAAUGUUAUGCACAAUGCCGCUGACUACCAUAACUCGGGUGGUCCAAAGGAAGAUUCUGCUCUGAAUAAUUUUGAGGCAUCAGCGCUGGAGGAACGGCGUCGCGAGCGCGAUGUUGACGAAGAUGAGAACUUUGAUGAGGCGCAAGUCCCGAAGAUAUCGCUUCUGGCUCUCCCGUUGGCAGAAGAACGGAAGCGGUACGUGCACGACGCUUCUGAAAGGCUUGCUAAUGUGGGUCCUGGAAUUGAACGUUCAGUGUUGCUUAAUGUGCUUCGACUGGAAUGUAUCUAUUCCCUCCAGGAGAGACUGAGCUAUAUUGUUGAGGAGAUGGAGAAGGAGCACUUGAAACUGCAGCUCGUGGAUGGAAAGAAACAGUCUUCUUGUUUGGUGGAAUAUGGCGUCAUUGCUGCCACUUCAACCAAGAUGAUGGAAGUGAUCGAAACGGUCCAGAAGUGUGGGGCCUCUGUGCUGGUCGUGGAAGAGGCCGCAGAACUCCUUGAGUCGCACAUUCUGGCGUGUAUCACGGAGAGUAUGCAGCAUAUCGUGCUGAUCGGAGACCACAAGCAGCUGAGGCCAAAGGUGAGUGAGUACAUAUUGGAGCGUCGGCACAACCUGGCCGUAUCGGCGAUGGAGCGACUGGUGUUGUCCGGCCUGCCGUGCGUGACGCUCACCAUGCAGCGCCGCAUGACCUCCGAGAUAUCGUGCCUCACCAAGCCCUACUACCUGAGGAGUUGCGUUGCCGGCGACUGCCCUGUAGUGAUCGAGGACCACCCGCGGACCUCCAACAUUCCACCGCCCUUCGGAGUCUGCAGAGCUACUGGCAGCCCACACCGACUUUACUUCAUUGAUCAUGAUGGCAGCGGUGAAAAGAAAGAAUGGAUUUGUGGGGACAUGAUGAGUCCACAAAACUCUUUCGAGGCGAAGUUUGUGAGCUGCAUUGCGCACUAUCUGUGGAACAUAAACCCGGCAAUGAGCAUCACAAUCUUGGUGCCAUACAAUGGUCAGCAGUUUGUAGUAUUCAAGGAACUCGAAAGAAUGGGAGUUCCGUGCCGUGGUAAGCAUCAGAGAAACAAAGCAGGUGUGCGGCUCAGCACUAUCGAUGACUACCAGGGUGAGGAGGAUGAUAUAAUCAUUCUGUCGUUAGUGCGUACUGAGAAGCCGGGAUUUCUUCGACUGGAAAAUCGCUCCUGUGUAGCACUGAGCCGGGCGAGAAGUGCCCUCUACGUUGUCGGCUGCAGCUCGUUGAUGUCAGAUGCAUGCGAUUUGUGGAAGCAUCUCAAAGAAACAUGUCUCAGGGAUGGCUGUUUUGGCACACACUUUCCGGCACGCUGCGAUUCACACCCAACACAUGACCUCUCCUUUGGCAGCAUUAAGGAAUACGAGAUGAAGCGGGCAUCAUGUCCUGAGCGAUGCGACGCUGUUCUUGAGUGCGGUCACAGAUGCGAAGCAAAAUGUCAUGCUCACAGAGCUCAUCCGAAGUGUGUAAAGCCGUGCGAACGGACUGGUAACGUGUGCAAUCCACCACGACCUUGGUGUCAGCACCCAUGUGUGAAUUUAUGCGGAAAUAAUUGCGGUGUAUGCACCGUCAGGGUUGGGCACAAGUACGAGGAGUGUGGUCACACUGUCAUGAUGCAAUGUCAUAUGCUAGGAGAUGUUCCUUUGUGCAGGGAGUUGUGCACCAAAGAGGCGCUCUGUGGACACGAGGUGAGUGCACCCUGUAUGGAUCAUGCGAAUGGAACAGCUGUCCGGAACUGCGGAGAGAGAUGCAGUUUGCACAUGAGUUGCGGGCAUGUUUGCCGGACAAAGUGCCACUUUGGUAUCGAUGACGAUCACGGACAGCGUAUUCAAACUUGCGUUCAGGAGCGGAUCAGCCAGGCUCCUUGCGGACACAACGUGAAGCAUCGGUGCAAUCAGAAGGACCUUACCGGACUCUGCAAUGCUGUAUGUGGCAGGGAGGUCUUUGCGUGCCGACACAGACGGCGCUGUGCACUCCAAUGUGGUCACACGGGAUCAUGUAACUGCAAAGAGAUAAUAACAGUGAAAUUGCCCUGCGGUCACGACAGUGAGGAACACGACUGUUGUGCACCCGACCCGCCGCUCUGCACUUCACCAUGUGAAGCCACAUUGUUGUGCGGGCAUCGAUGCAAGGGGAAGUGUGGUGUGUGCUCACUGAGGAAGUUCCACAGCGGAUGUCAAGAAAAAGGAAAAGCACUUGUGUGUGGACACGCGAGUAAAGUGGGCUGCACUGCCGUUGUGGACCUCUGUGAGGAGCCAUGUUCAUUUUGGUGCGGUCAUGGCAAGCCCUGUGGAGAGGUAUGCGAGAAGGCAGUGCACACCUGCAGCAGUGGUUGUCCUGCCAAAAAGUGCAUGGAACCAUGUGCGUGGAGUUGUCCGCACGGUGCGUGCGUGAAGAAGUGCAACGAGCCGUGUGAGUUCGGUGGGGAUAAGGAUGGAUGCUGGCGACGGUGUUCGGAGAAGCUGCCUUGCGGCCAUCAGUGUUGUGGCCUGUGCGGGGAGACAUGCCCCACGUUCUGCUGGGAUUGUUAUGUCGAGGGUGUCCCGAACACUGUUUCACUCGCGCAGAAAGUGCAUACCUUCAUAGGCGACAGCGACGAGGUACGCCUGGGAAAGCCCGUGGCCGAUGACGGGGAGCCUCCGUUUCUUGUUGAGUUACCCUGCUGUGGUUCAUUCCUUCCAGCGAGGGAGCUGCUCAGCACCUUUGCGGCUAAGAAAUCAGAGGAGGUCGGCGUGCACACGUGUCCUCUAUGCCGGGUGGUUCUGCAGCCAAUGAGCUUCCGGCACGGUGGUUACUUUAUCAAGCAGCAACUUUUGGCGGCUGAAAAGGUAGCGGCACGAAUCGACGAGGAACUGCAAAAGCUUAAGAAGUCAGCGGAAUGCUGUGUGGAUGAAAUUCUGGAAUAUCUCGCUGAAACUAAUGUGCAUACUGGUUGCUUAGAACAAUUACGAGGAAUUAUUCAACAAACUCGUGAAAGACUGAAGAAACAAAACAAGUUUGGCAAGGGGAAACCGAAAUCUGGAAUCAAACUGCCUCAGACUGACAUUCCAGGUGCUUUCGCUCGUCAUUGCGGAGAGAUUUUUCUGGAGAAGAAAUGGAUCUCUCUGCUGCUGUAUCACCUGCAAGUGUUAGAAGUGGGUCUUGUAAAACUGAGGAAAAGCGACAGUAAUAUUGCGCGCAAUGCCGAAAUGCUUUCCCGCGCUGCUUUUUCAUUUGUGAAGAUGCACGACGAAAGAGUGGGUAAGGGAACCGGUGCGUCUGAGAUGGCAGAGCGAGUGCGGGCAUUCUGCUCAAGAAACCUGGCAGAACUGGUGGAUGAUCCGGGUAACUUAACGAAAUCCUUGCCAUCUGCGCAGAAUAAUGAAGAGGUGAAAAAGUUUGCGCAGAGAGUGGAGUGGACAAGCUACCUGCACAAAUUGGCGCAGUUGCCUGUGGAAGUUCCAAAAGCACUGUCCGAACAUAUUGAAACAGCGAUGUGGUUUGCGGCACAUGGUAUUGCCCCGGAGGAGGAGGAUAGGGCAAAGCAAGUGGUACUGUGCUUUUCUCAAAGAAAGUUAAUUGCAGAAACUGUGCGGUAUGCUGCAAAGUCGCUCGGCCUUUCCGCUGGGCAUUGGUUUCAGUGCCCCAACGGGCACAUCUACGCCAUUGGGGACUGCGGCGGCGCGAUGGAGGAGGGGUGGUGCCCUGAGUGCGGAGCGAAAGUUGGUGGCAGACAGCACCGCCUUCGGAGUGACAAUGCAUUCGCUGGCCACUUCGUCGAUCCUGGAGCAACGCCGAGUUGGCCCACUGCACUAGGGCGGUGA